AUGUUCCUUGCGAGAAGAGGUUGUCAUGACCUCUUCGGUGGCGAACCCUACUCUCCUGCACCUUCUUCCAGUGAGGCUGGCGGCGGGCCUGGGGAGGGGAAGCCUGAGGAUGGGGCGGGGCAGGGGGCAGAGAAAAGAGAUGACGAUCUCAAAGCUGUUGGCUACUUUCCUUAACUACAAGUAUAAUAGAACGAACCUGGCUAAUUUACAUCUAGCGUGUGAUCGUGUUGGAAAGGCUUCAUGAGCAUGUUACAACGAAGGGAUUCGCGAGAAUUGAAGGGGAAAUCAAGUCUUGCAAGAACGAGGGACGGGGAUUCUUUUGCUUCCUGAUAUCGGUAAUCAUGCUGGGGGUAUGUUAUACGGGUGCAGAAAUCAUUUCCUCUUUGUAUUUGGUAUUGACACUUCUAUAGGUUGGGCUCAAGAUCUGGUCCUACGAUGUUGCGAUGAACGAAAAAUACAACAAUAGCCUGUUGAGGGUCCAGGAUCGGGUUGGGGCCGAUAUAGAAAAAAUGGAGAAGCGAGUGGAAAGGGGGCAGGAGAGACUCCAGAGAGAGUUAAAAUUAGUGCACGAGAAGCUGGAGAAGCUCUUUGUUCGCGGGUAG